GUAUCAAACGUACUACCGGCUACCGCGAGCUCUCCCUGUUGCGCGCGCGCGUCGCGCGUCUGUAUGCGUCGUCGCCCGAGCGAGAUCUCAGCUCCACCCGGCCGGCCGGCCCGAUCGCGAUCGAGAGCUGGUUGUUCAUUUGUACUCGUAGCUAGCCAUGGGCGGCGGCGGCGGCGGCGGCGGCGGCGGCGGCGUCCGCACGGCGGCGAGGGAGUGGGCGCCGUGCGCGGCCAUGGUGGCGGCGCAGUGCAUCUACGCGGCCAUGACGCUCUUCGCCAAGGCGAUGUUCGGCCGGGGCGUGAGCCCGGUGAUCUUCGUCGUCUACAGGCAGGCCAUCGGCACCCUCGUCCUCGUCCCCAUCACCGUCGUGUCCAACAGCAGGUCGGAGACGAAGGACACGAGGAGCCUUGGGACGACAGGCUUCUUCGUGGUGUUUCUGACGGCUUUGGUCGGGGCGACGGUAAACCAGAACCUGACCUACCAAGGGCUGCAUCUGGGCUCGUCAUCCAUGGCGUCGGCCAUGACCAAUCUGAUACCCGCCAUUACCUUCCUGAUGGCAGCGUCUGCAGGACAGGAAAGAGUUAAUAUCAGACAACGUGGCACCGUCGCCAAGAUAUCCGGAACCAUCGUCUGCGUGGGAGGCGCCAUGGCCAUGGCGUUCUUCAAAGGCCCGAAGCUACUGAACUACACGCUCAGCGACCUGAACAUGCUGCUCCACUCACCGACCAUCAGCAAGUGGGUGCUGGGCGCGCUCUGCCUCGUCGUCAGCAGCUCAUGCUGGUCACUCUGGCUCAUUCUGCAGGUGCCAAUCUGCAAAUCGUACGUGGAUCCUCUGUCUCUGUCGGCGUGGACCUGCUUCUUGUCGACGCUGCAGUGCGCAACGCUCGCCGUCUUCUUGGUCCCGGACGUGAACGCCUGGAAGAUCCACUCGCUCUUCGAGCUCUCGGGCUACGUCUUCGCCGGCGCGUUUGGGUCAGGCGUGACGUUCUACCUUCAGUCGUGGUGCAUCUCGGUGAGGGGCCCUCUCUACUCGGCCAUGUUCACCCCCGUCUGCACGGUGGUCGCCACCGUCGUCGCCGGCGUCGUUCUCCGAGAGGAGCUGCACGUCGGAAGCUGUUUUGAUCAGCUUGCUAGGCGCCGCUGCUGUGAUCGCCGGCCUGUACGUCGUCCUGUGGGGCAAAGCGGACGACAUGAAGCGGCGCAGCGAGCCGAAGACGGCGGCGGCGGCGACGCCAUGCUCGGAUCCACGGAGCGACAUCGAGCGCACCGCCGCUGAACCUCUCCUGGCAGAUGAUGACUCGAGCUAGCGGCUCUGAUUGUUUAUAAAAAUAUUGCAUCACAGGUUGGUCUUUAUGACUUGUACAUGUUGUCUGUUCGAACAUUCAAGCAGCCAACGAUUAAGCUCCCGUUUGAAUUUUUUUUGCUACGUCGCGAACACUCAUCUCAGCAAGCGAACACGUCCGUGCAACUGAUGACACUUUUGGACGCACUCUCACGGUGAACCAUCAGUACGCUGUGAUUGUUUGCCUUUUUUUUAAAGAAA